AUGGACCGAGUCGUGCUUGUUUUCUUGGUGUCGCGGGCGACGCCCGCUUGGCAGGCCCGCGACACGUUCAUCGUGUCUCCUGCGGACUCGGCUUGGAUCGCUGACGUAGGCGGCGCCUCCGCGGCUGGCGGGUGUCUGGCGGGCCCCGCCGCCGCUGCCGCGACUGGGCUGCUCCUCCUACGGGCCCCACCGUCGCCCGUCAACGUGGGGUUCGGGGCUGGCGACCCCGAGACGCGGUGCGCGGUGCGGAGCUUCGGUGCAGACGGCAGGCUGUUGUGGUCGAGCAUCGUCGCGGCAAUCAAGGCCCUGCCGUGCAUCCCAGCAGCCGACGUUAUUGGUUUCAGGGAUGCUUCAGCACGGAAGCCAUUCACCCUCCUUGGCGCUGACAGCGUUCGGUCCUUGUUCGCUUUGGAUUGCAUUGCCAGUGCAGUGCAGGAGUUGCGCGCUGAGGGGUUCCAGGUGGACGUCCGCAGCGGGUGCACGUGGGCGCGCGUGCCCCAGUGGCCGAUGAGCGCCUUGCUGAUCAGAGGCGCGUUUCGGUCAGUUUACCUGUGGGAAGGCGCCUGCAGGGAGACGGACGCCGUGCUUUUCAGGGAGGCCUUCGGGUUGCGCGAGGCGGCCGCCGUUGCACCAGUGCAUCCCGCCGCGCCGUCUGCAUUCGACGUUCGGGGUUCGCCGCAGUUGGAGCUGCGAUCGACCGCCAUUGACAUGGCGGCAGCGACGGUCAGCGCCUGCUACAACGCCCUCCCAGAGCAUGGACAGCAACAGCACCGUGAGGAAGUGCUUGCGUCGCUGCGCUUCCUGGGGCACGCCUCUGACGCACUGCGGACCCACGGGAAAAACCAGCUGGAUGGCACCAGGAUCCGUGCCGCAUCCAAGAUCUUGAAUGCAGUAAUGCUCGCAACACGCUUGCACGAUUCUGCUCAUUUGGAAGGUGUGCUAAGGGGGUCCAUCAGGCAUUGCCUUCGCAAAUCCAUUGCGGACCCUAUCUUGGAGAACCUCAAGUCGGGAGGUUUGGUGUCAUCUUCUACCAUGCAGCGCUACUUCGUGGUGUUCGAUGCUGCUUUGCUGCUGGCCGACCAGAUGCGAUUUGCAACUAACCCGCCGCCCGCUGAAUACAUGCUGUCGGACUCCAGCCCCCUGUUGGGCACAGACUGGCUGCUGACGGAGACGUUCGA